UGUAGAGGUGGAGUUGGCGGGGGGACAGUGGAGGCUUGACACGUAUUAUCCACGUGUCAUAUGCAUUGCCACGUGUCUCACUCCACUACCCACAUUUAAAGGCCAACAUCUGCGGUUUUGCAUUCCCUCAAACAAUCAAUCGGUCAACUAUAGGUAUAUACCGUACAACACAGACAAUUAGAAAGAGAGAGAUCAAAGCUGAUAAAUAUGGCUGAUGUAAGAGGAAGUUCUGCAACAUGCAAUGAAAGGUGUGGCUGUCCUUCUCCCUGCCCCGGUGGCACUUCUUGCAGGUGCGCGUCGGCAUCAGAUGCAAACAUGGAGCACAAGAAGUGCCCAUGCGGAGAGCACUGUGGGUGCAAUCCCUGCACAUGUCCAAAGAGUGAAGGCAGCACAGCCGCUACUGGCAAGGCCAACUGCAAGUGCGGUCCUACCUGCACCUGUCCCACCUGUGCCGCUUAGUUAAUUUUACCUUUUAGGUAUAUGUUUGCCCUUCUCUUCUUCCUCACCAGUCGUCUUCUCAUCUUUGUUGUUGAUUAGGACUCGUAUAUAGGUUCUUGAUAAUGCAUUAUGUACUACGUAUAGGCAGGUCAUCCAUUGGUAAGGCAGGCCAGUAAAUAAACAUGUAUGCACUAGUGUCCUUUAUUUUACUUUUACCUUCUUUUUGGAUCCCCAUGUAUCAUCGAUCAUGAUCAUGUGAUGCCUUCCUUUUCCAUGUAAGUUUUGUGUUAUAUAUCCGUCGGCACAUAUUAAAUGACAGGUAAUUUUAUAAAAUAUUGCCUUCCCACUCA